GACUGGUCGUUUGUGUCAAACUCUCUUCCACGAAUUUUUAUCCGAAUACGCAAGAAAUCAGUCACAUCAACAUGCGUUUCAUUUAUUUUGUCGUCGUCAUCUUCGUCCAACUGAGUAACUUUCAAACUACAGAAGCGCAAACAGAACAAACAAAGCUGUUGGAUUUAUCAGUACAGGGAUUGAAUAACGAACAAAUGGGAAAUUUGUUGUUAUUAGCCGAAGUGGCCAAUAAAAUGCCGAAAGCCAAAAUAGUCGCUAAAAAUACAAAUGAAUUUAACGGUCAAAAUUUGACAGUCAAGAUGAACUUAACAGUCAAAGAAGAGAGCGUUAAACAAAAGAGUACGAAAGGACUCACAGAGAAGAAAUCAAAAACGAAGAAACUGCAGUGUGAAUUAUGUGGAAAGAUCAUGACAGAUAUGAAAAGGCAUAUGAUGACUCAUACCGGUGAGAAGUUGUACAAUUGUUCGAUAUGCGGGAAAAGUUUCUCUCGAUUAGAUAUCAAGGAAGUUCAUAUGAUAACUCACACUAAUGUGAAGCCGUACAG